GAAUGGUCUAUACUGACUAUACAUCUGAGACAAAUCGGAGUAUUAAUAUUUUUUUUUCCCUAAAGAAUAUCCAAAGAAAAAGAUGAUGUUGAUACCACAUGCAGGAAUCUGCUUGUUGCAGAAAGAACGGCAAAGCCACGUUAUGGACCCCUUCCCAGAUGAUUUAGUGAUUUGGUCCAGAGCCUGUUUCAGAGCCAAUUCUUUCUUGGACAGAUUAUCUUUUCCUGUCACUCUCAUCUACCUUGAGACACUCUUGUACUAAAAUUAGGUAAUUUUACUCGAGUCUAAUAAUUAAUUCUAUAGAAGCUUAAUUAUCAUUUAUGUUUUUUUUGUUUAUUUGUGAGUCCUGCUACAUGUGAACGGUGUGCGGUAAUUUUUCCUGAGAUUGAAGCAUAUGGUUGAUUGCCCGCUUUGCUUCAAAUAACAGGCAGUGAACUAAGAAAAACUAAGAAACAUUUCAUUCCUGAUUCCAAGAUUCAACCAAAGAAGGUGGUCAGCUCUCAGAAAAAGAAAAAGUGAGGUCUGGCCUAAGAGUAUAUCUUGAGUUGAGUAACUUCAACCCAGUCCCAGAUUCUAUUAAUUUCAUAUAUGCUUGUUGUGAAAGUUUGCUGAGAGAUUCGACAUGGAUGAUUGGAUAAGUUGGCUGCCUGAUGACAUUCUAGUUUCUAUAUUGUCUUCCCUGCCGCUGAAGGAUGCUGGGCGCACUAGUGUUCUUUCAUCUCGUUGGAAGAACAUGUGGAAAAACACCUCCCACCUCAACUUUGUUGAUGACAGUGCAUUGGACAAGAUUGGAAAAGAUCAAAGGCAACGCAACAUGGAAAGGAGCAAGUAUGUAAGAUGGGUGAACUCAGUCCUCAAAUCUUUACCCCACAAAGGAGGGCUCACCUUGGAAGACUUCAGGAUCUGUUUUGAUGUAGGAAAGUCAUCCUCUGAGGCAAUUUCGCAGUGGCUUAAAUUUGCUUUUGAGAGACAAGUUGAAAGGUUGGAGUUGGACCUUCUAGAAUUUGGCCAUAACAUGUCAUUGCCAGGGAAUGUCUAUGUCUUCCCAGAUAAAUUCUUGUUCCAAAAUUCAUGCGUCCUUCACUGCCCUCAUCCUCCUACAACGUGUACUACACUUUUUAACUUUAAAUCCCUCAAAUCAUUGUCUUUCAAGAAUGUUCAGGUGAGUGGUGAAGCUAUUGAGUUUUUCUUACAUAACUGUCCAUUCCUCGAGCAAUUAAUUCUCCACGACAUAGAGAAAUUAUCAAAACUUGAAGUUUGCGGCUCAUGCCUUGUGUUAAAGCACUUGGAGCUAUGCUGCAUCUAUGAUUUCAUAUCCCUUGAGGUGUCUGCACCAAAUCUAAUUUCACUUUCAGUUGGGACAACAAAUGGACUCGUGCUUAAGAAUGUUCCAAUGCUUGUUGAUCUACAUAUUCGUUGUGCGAAAGUUGAAAUUCCAUUGUUAGUUCCUGCACUAUGUUGCUGCGUUUCACAAUUGGAGAUUCUUUCCUUGUCCCUGGAGAUGCAUCGGGCACAUCAUACUGUGAUGCUCAACUUCCCUGACAUGCCUAAACUGAAGAGGUUGGACCUAAGUUUUCAGGCAAACCGUGAAGCCCGUGAUGAAAGUGUUCUUAAAUUAACUUCAUUAAUCAGGAAAUUUCCCAUCCUUGAAGAAUUUGUGUUAGAGAUAAUUUGGUUUGGGUGUUAUACAUGGACUGGCAGAGAAGUAACUAAGGUUACACAAUUUCCUCACCAACACCUUAAGGUGUUCAAGUACUUAGGAUAUGAUGGCCACAGCAGUGAUUCUGAUGCAGUAAUGUUCAUUUUGGAGAAUUGUGUUGUGCUUCAAGAAAUCAUUAUUGAUCCCAUUUGUCCACCAUAUCCAUGGCAUGCACCCCUAGGUAAGAGGGAAUUGGAAGCGGCACAAAUGGCAAGGAGUUGUGCGAAGCAGCUUUUUGAGCCCAGAGUCUCUGAGCAUGUAAGAUUAAUUAUACAAUGAUCUAUAUGUUCAUCAUUCACAAUAAUCCGUUUGGAAGAUCGGAAGGCUCUACUGUUGGCAUUUUAGGGCAUUUUAGUUGAUAAUAUGAGGGAGCUAUCUGAUAAUUUUAAUAGCAUUAAUUUUGUUGCUCAUGUGAAGCGGUCGGUGAACCAAGCAGCAUGUGAACUGGCAAUGUUGGUUAGUUCUAUGUCUAGUUGCUAUGUUUGGCAUCAUUUUCCUCGCAAGCAGCAUGUGAACUGGCAAUGUUGGUGCUAGGAUCGAAAUCCACGGCAGUCGUGUGGAGGUUACAACUCCUAUGUGCUGGACUGGACCUCUGGUGCGCACGGAUACAAUAUCUAGCAUCGAUCAUUGGGCUUAUUGAGUCAUCAUGACUUGGAUUCAACAUUUUGGAGAUGGUAAGGAAUUAGUAGCACGUUUUUUUUGCUUAACAAAUAAUUAUUAUUUUUUGGGGAUGAAAUGUAAAUAUAUAUUAACACCCAGAAAAAUUUUCAUCAUAUAGACAAGAUCUCCUAACUCCCCCCACCCCCACCCCCACAUAGUUGUGAGGGUGAAGAGAGGUUUUUCUUCGAUCUAAUCUAUGGGAAAUAACCAAGUAUAACUACAUGGCCCAUCAAAAUAAACUAAACAAAGAAGGUGCUGCCUAAGCACGCACACAGAUCGGAGGCUAAAAAAUCUAAACAAAAUAAGGGUGCCGCAAGAUGCAGACACCCAGAAGCAGUGAGACCAACACCACGACACCCAUAAUAUCCAUGCCGCGGCCUUCUAGCUCAGAACUUCACCAAUUCAUGCGGGUAAAUACGAAAUAGUAUUUUAUACACCACAUGCUUAAUCUUGGCGACCACAUCAUCUUCGGUCUUCGUGCCUUCAUCAAAUCUCACGUCAUUCCUUGCUUGCCAAAUAUGAUAGACCGCUGCACAAAAAGUCAAUCGUCCUGCCUUGGCAUUCAACGUUGAUCCCUUGCGUUUCUUAGAAAUCCAUUUCAUUGCACUUAGGAACGUAUUCAUCUGAUUCUCAAAACCGAUCCAUGCCCUAAUUUUUUCCCAUACUCUGCACGCAAAAGGGCGAAGAAAGAAGAGGUGUGGAAUUGUUUCCAAUCCACCCUUGCACAGAUCACAUCUAUUAACGAUAUAGAGGUAAUCAAGGCUAUCCUGUGUAGGGAGCCGAUUCCUCAAAGCCAACCACACAGUAAAAGAGAAUUUCGGAGGAAUGUAGGAUUUCCAAAUGAAGGUCAUUGGAGUCCUAGGGGUCCCUCUUAUUCUUAGAAGAUCAUAUACUUUACCCGACACCAACUUACCAUUGAUGCAUCUUGCAUUUGCACCAAGUAUGGUCUCAUUUAGGUUAUUAGAACACCCUCGAAGUCUAUCCCGAAUGAGACCUAACCUCUUCAUAAGCUGAGAGCCUCGGCUAUGUGGGACAAAGUCCCACACAUUUUUAUCACGAAGAUAAACGCCAUUAAUCCAUCGAACCCACAAAGUAUCCUUCUUCUUGUGAACAUCCCAUAACGUGCGGGCAAGUAGACUAUCACUCCAGACUUUGGCAUUGUGAAUGCCAAGUCCACCUUCCUCCUUUGGAAGGCAGAUGUCAUCCCAAGCCACCUUGGAGUACUUCCCACCCCAUAGGAAAAUUCUACAACUUGACACUAUCCUAUCCAGUAUGUUUUGAGGAACCGGAAAUAUUUGGAGCCAAAACGAUUGGACCCCUUGAAUUACCAAUCGAAUUAGCUCAAUUUUGCUGACCUAGGAUAGUGUUUUUGUAUUCCAUGCUUUUAAAAAAUUAUUGACCAUAUCGAGUAAAGGUGCAUAUUGUGCAACCGAAACCCUAAGUGGAGCAAGAGGUAUUCCAAGGUAUCUUACCGGAAAUACCCCUUGCCCAUAAUCAACAAUAUCCAAAAUGUUUUGGAGUUCUUGGUCCCUCACCCCACCCACGAAAAUAUUAGACUUUCCGUGAUUCACCCUAAGGCCCGAUACGUCCCCAAAGUCUUUCAGAGCAUUGACCAAAAUGAAAACGUGGUCGGCAGGAUUCGAACCUGCGCGGGCAAAGCCCGCCUGAUUUCUAGUCAUGCCCGAUAACCACUCCGGCACGACCACAACUUGUUGCUUAACAAAUAAUUAUAUUGCUUAGUACAAUAGGGCUUAGAUCUAAUACAAAUGCAAAAUACAAAUACUUAAGAUUCGUUAAUUUAUUUCAUGAGUUGGUGAGUUGUAACACUCGAAUUACACUUUUGAGCAUGUGAGGUGUACUAUUGGAUUGAAUAGUUUCCCACCAUCCACUUUUGAUCAUUUACAUUAAACUACUGAACGUCGAAAGAAAGUUUACUUUUUACGAAGUAAAACUUUUUUAAGUGCAGUGGUCUAGUUAGUCUAAUCGAUUUAAAUUUAAUCAAGUUUAGUCUGGUCUUAGACUGAAAACUGUCCAAGUAAAGACAUUCCAAAUCGCAUUAUAGUGAAAUUAAAUAUCGAGCAUAAGGAAAAUUGACACAAAUAUUACCUAUAGCUUGUGAAAUACAAAAAAGUGACCCCUUUAUCAAAACUAUGACUGACCAUUUGUUUAAUUAAUCCAAUUUUUUUCCUAAUUAAAAUUAUUAUCUAAUUCCCCCACACUUGUCCAACCACUGUUGGGAGUUGUUGCUGAAACCUGCCAACAGAAGUUGUCUUUGAAAAAUUUGAAUGUUUUUUAUCAUUCUUUUUACCUUUUUGAAAAUUUGUAGUAAAAUUUUCAAGAGUCACAAUGGCAUCUAUUAGUGAUGAAAUUUUCAAGAGUCACAAUGACACGACAAAACCGACAAAACUGAUAAAACCGAAAACCAAUGCCAGAAUUGAUCGAAAAAGUCGGUUAUCAGUCGGUCAUCAGUUAUUACAUACUAUCUAUUAAAAGAAGUCAGUUAUUCGGUUAUUCGGUUAUUCGGUUAACGAUCAGUUAUUUUAAUUGGUUAUCGGUUGGUUAACCGAAAACCGAGGUAUAAUCUACUCUGUAUAAACAUUUGCAUGUACUUCAUGUGACCAAAUUGAAUAUAUAUUGUGGAUACAAAUAUGUCUUUUCAUACUUUAAUGACUAUAAUUGUAAUUUAAUGUGCGUGAUUGUUUCAAUCUUACAUUAUAGUAAUCAUGAA